AUGACUUUUCCUUUUCGAUGUUCAUCGAAUGAAACACCAUUCUUUCGUAUAAUUCUUUCAUUUCAUUCUAUACUUACAUUAAAUCGUUAUUGUCAUUCAUUGAAAAUACUUCAUUUACUUCGUUCACAUUUUUCUCUAUUGAAAAAUUCUUUACCAAUCAUUUUAUAUGAAGUAACAACACAUAAUGAAAUUAUUUUAACAGAUGAAAUAAUUCUAACAAUACCAAUUCAUAGUGGAAUUUAUUUAGCUUUACUUAAACAUAAUGAAACGAAAUAUCAACCAUUAAUUGAUUUAAAACUAGUCCCCGUAGAACUUUUCCCCGAGAAAAAAUUCUUACCAAAAACGAUACCAUUUAUUAUCUAUGAAAUAGAUUCAUUUGUAAAUGCAUUGAGUAAUAUGAUUGAUUAUAUGAAAGACUAUGAAAAAGGCAAAAUUAAUAGUCGAAAAAGUGCAAAUCUAUCGAAUAGUAAUUCACCACAAAAUAGUAUUAGUCAAAUAUCAACAACAAAACGUACAUAUCGGACUAAAAGUACUAUUCGACGAACUUCAUCUUCUAUAAUUUCAACUGAAUUUAUACGUACACCUCGAUCAACAUCAUCUAUUAUUCCAUCUUAUGCUGAUUAUAAUGUUGAUAUUCGAAAAUAUUUUGUUACUGAUCCUGAACGAAUUAAUCGGUUAUCAAUAGAUAGUAAACCAUUAUCGUUUACAUUUUGUUUGCUUAAUCAAAAACAACAACAACAAAUGAGAAAUAAAUAUCCAUCGAUUAUGGAUAUAUUCGAAAAUAAUCAAUAUUCAUUCAAUGAAAAUGAUCUUAUUCUUUUUAAACACCAUCUUUCUUCACUUAAUCUCGAUUCAUCAUUUAUAUUAGAAUUAAAAAAUUGUAUACAUCAAUUAGCUAUUGAUAAUAAACUUGAUACAAAUGAAAUACAUGAUAUAUUAAUAAAAUUAAAUUUUAGAAUAAUACAUAAUAAUGAUGUAUUUAAAAUCAUUCAUAGUUUGCAGAAUGCAGCAUCUACUGAUACGAAAGACAUGUUAUUAUCAAAUUUAAUGAAAAUACUUUUUCGAAUAGAUUAUUUAGAAAAAUUUAAUAAAUUAGAUAAAGAAAAUAUUCAAAUAUUCAAUGAACGAAUGAAACAUCUAGCACAGAUGGGUAUAUUAAAUCAACAGUCAAAAAUGUUUAAAAAACUUUAUCAACUUGAUCUAUUUGAACAUGAACCUAAUCAAUCAGCUUUCUCAUCUUUUAUUCAUAAUGAUCUUCAACGUAUUAUAUCUAAAAGAAUACCACUGAAUACAUUAGGUAUAAAAGAAAUUAUUCAUCAACUUCAAUUGAAUAUCAAUCGUUUGGGAAUAACAACUACACUUAUACUUAUUGAUAAUCUUCAACAAUUUGUUCAUUCAGGUUUAUUUUUAAUAUUAAAUAAAUUACCACAAUUAAAACGAUAUUUAAUACAAUUUGUGGAAUAUAUACAAACCGGUCGAUUUAUUGGUAUUCAUCUUCAGCGUCUUAUUGAACAAAUGAAUAGUACCGUUCAAAUGAAUACUAUGAAAAAAGUUUUAUUAACUAAUCAUUUGAAUUCUUUAUUACAAAAAGCUAAAUUAGAAUCAAAAUCUGAUGAACUGAUUUAUAUUCUAAUGAAUUUAGCUUAUCAAGGACAAUUGAAUACAUGUAUAAAUAUUGAUUUACAACAAGUAACAAUUAAACAACAAAAAUCAUUCACAUUUAUUUAUGAAGAAAAUUAUAUAGAUAGAAAUAAUCUUCAAUCAUUACUUCUUUUUCUUCAUGAACAAUCAUCUGCAGCAUCACCAUCGGGUCAUCUUCCUUAUCAAUAUGUAUUAGAUUUUAUUCAAUAUCUUCGUCAUUUUGCACAAUUAGGAAUUUUAUAUGAACCAAAACUUACUUAUAUACUAACUAAUUUACAUAAAGCUAAAGAUCAAGAUAAAAUCAGUUCAGAAACAAUUAAAAAUAGUUUAGAACAAAUUAAAACUAUUAGCUAUGUUUACGCAUAUGAUCAUUUAAAUUUAACCGAAUUCAAUAAUUUUUUAAAUGAUAUGAUUAAUAGCGGUCAAUUAACUCGUGGUCAGACAUGGUAUAUUCUUGAUCGUUUAAUUGAUUUAUGUCGUAUAGAACCUAUUACAAAUCAUGAUAUUAAAUUAUUUCUUACAGAUCUUCAACUUGAAUAUAAUCGUCAACAACCAAUUUAUCCUAAAUUAAUUCAUAGUUUUCAAAUUCUUGCUAAUUCUUAUUCGAGUUCCUUUAGUGAACUUCAUUCUUUAGAGCAUGAUUUAGAGAAAAUUUUACUUUUAUCAAAUACGAAUAAUAUGAAACGAAUAUCAGAUGAAGUUCGAAGACGUUUAAAUGAGAUGUUAUUGUAUUGUAAAAAAUUUAGUAUGAAUCGUCAAUUACUUGAACAAUUAUUUAAUCAAACAAUGCAUUCAAAAUUUUAUAAUAAAAUGAAAGAAAUUUUAAAAACAAAAAAUUUAAUUAGUAGAAAACAAUCCUUAACAGCUAUCGUCCAAGUACACAAACAAUUUGUACAAAUAGCACGUUUAAAUUCUCAGCUAUUUCUAAAUGAUUAUCAAUUAGAUUUAAUUCUUCAAAAUAUUCAAAUUAAACAUCCAAACUUUGAAAAUAUUCUAAGACAUAUGGCUGAACUUGGACAUUUACAAGAUAAAUCUUUUGUCAAUUAUCUUAUUGAACAUUUCUUAUCGAAUGAAUCAUUAUCUUCAAAUAUUGAAAUUCCAUCUAAAUGGCCAUUUAUCUUAGAUCUUAAUCAUUCAAAUGUUAAUGAAUUAGUUAAACAUUUAACACAACUUGAAUUACAAGAUAAAAUUGAUAUAGGUACAUCGAUUGAAAUUCAAAAUCGUCUUAAUCAAAUAGCUCGUUUUGGUAAAUGGUCAUUGCCACAAAUAAAAUUUAUUACUGAUAGUAUUCUUAAAUGUCAAGGUAAAAAAAAUUUAUCCGAUAAAAAUGGUUUUCAAUUAAUUCAAUAUUAUCGUUUAAUUUUAAAUGAUAUUACUCAUGCAAUUGAAUUUGAAUUCUAUAUACAAGACUUAGCAUCUGAAAAUCAAUUAUCAAAUAAUUUAACUUAUCGUUUUCGUCAUUUUUUAUAUGAAAUUUUACAUAAUAAUUUAUCAAUAGACGAACUUAUUCGUUAUCGUUUACAAUUAAAUGAAUUUUAUCAUGUAAAACAAAUGGAUAUUGAUCAAAUAAAAAGAUUUAUUGAUUUAUUACCACAAGAAUAUAAUAAUUUAUUUCCAUUAACUUUAACUGAUCAAUUAUUAGAACGAUUAAAAUGGGAUGAAAAAAUAGUAAAUGAACCAAUACGAGAUCAAUUAUUAAAAUUCGAACGUUCAGGUGUCCUAUCACAAGAUACCUUUGAAGAUGUCUAUGACAAUCUUUAUCAUACAUCAGAAAUUUCUCAUCUUUCAUUACAACUUAAUAAUCAUAAUCAACUACUCUUUAAACUAUUCGAUAAAAUAAAUGAUUUAUAUACUGAUGAUAUAAUCGAUUUACAACAAUCAAUUGAAAUAAAAGAACAAAUUUAUUUCCUAGAAGAUAUAUAUGAAUUAAGUGAUUCAUCACAAAUAAUUACAAUACAAUCACGUCUUUUUAAUUCAUUAAAUCAAAAUGAAUUUCAUAUGAUUUCCAAACAAUUAAAAACUUUUGUAUAUCAAGAACAAUUUCGUUUAUCUAAAGUACAAGAUUUACUUUCAACUUGGCAUUUAAAUGAAAAGAAAACGAAUACGAAUGAAAAACAAAUCAUAAAAUUAUUCAAUGAACUUGCUGAUCUCAAUCAACUCUUAGAUCAUUCAACCGUCGUAGUUCUGAAUCGAUAUAUUAAAAUAAAACAAAUUAAUCAAACAGUUUAUCGACAAUUUAUCAAAUCUAUACAACGUUUAAAAGAUCAUGCAUUAAUUAAUAAACAAGCAAUAGAUUGUAUCCGAUCAAUAGAAGCUCGAAUAUAUAAAACUGAUUAUAGCCGACGAUUUCAUGAAUUAUUAAUUAAAAAAAUCGAAAAUAUUUUAAAAGAACUAUUUCAUAAUUUCUCUCAUUCAUAUGAACAACAUUUACGUAAUGAUAUUUGUAAGAAAUUAAAUGAAUUAGUUAUAGUUUAUAUCAAAUCAAAUAUAGAUGAAAAUUCAUCUGAUAAUUUAUUAAGUACAUUUGAUUCUUAUAUUACACAAAUUAAACAAGAUCAAUUAAGAUCUUCAAAAGCUCGUAGUCAUCAUGUUUUAUCAGAUACGACCAUAAAUCAAGUUUUUCAUACACGAAAUGUAACCAUAGUAAUAUUGAUGAAUACAAAACAGAAAAUAGAUCGUCCUCAUUAUGUUUUUGCACAAAAUAGCUCAUUUUACCCUGAACAUGUACCAAUUAAGUAUGGUUUUCGUAUGCAUAAAUUAAUUGAAAAUAAGCAUUUACCAUUAUGGCAAUUUAGUGACGAAAAUAAAAAUCAAAUUAUCUAUCAUUCUCCAAUGAAUGAAAAUUCAUUGAAUAAUACCAAUUUACCUUUGAUUUUUCAUCGAUUAUCAACUACGACUACUACUACCACUAUUCCACAUUCUUCAUUAUCUAUUGAUUAUCAGAUACAACAUCGUUGGAUUAAUGCAUUGCUAAAUAGCAGUCAAUCAAAAGAAUAUCAUAAACAAAUGUCAAUGUCUAUUCAGAAAAAUGCUUAUCCAUCAUUAGAGUCAUCCAUACUUGUUCCGAAUAAAGCUUUACAAUCAAAUAUAAUUACAUCAAAAAUUGAUAGUAAUAAACGAGAAAUUCAACGAAAAAAACGAAUACAAUGUAUCACAUAUGAAGAACAUUUACAACGAUAUUAUUUACCAAAAUGGUGUUUAACUUAUACAAAAGAUUUAAUAUCAUAG